UCCUCAGACCUUGAUUGCCUCAGUCUUGUCUUGACAUUAUAAAAAUAAAGUCGUUUCUUCUCCUGCAAAGUGUUGGUACAAACUGAUACAAAAUACAAACAAAUCUUUAGAAUUAAUUGAAGAUACUUUGAGGCGAAAACAAUGAAGAGAAAAGUGUUCGCAUGUCUUUUGUUUUCUUGCUACGCUGGAUUAUCCGUGGCGAAUGUGACACCGAGAACUUCGUCUGCUGACGUCUGUAGUCCGCUAGUGAUUGCCCACCGUGGUGCCAGUGGGUACGUGCCCGAACACACUCUAGGGGCAUACGCCCUUGCAGUCAGCAUGGGUGCAGACUAUAUCGAGCCCGACAUAGUGAUGACAAAAGAUGGACACAUUAUAGCGCGCCAUGACAAUGAAUUGGGACUAACUACAGACGUCGCCAACAGACCUGAAUUCGCGUCCCGAUACCGCACACAGUCAGUAGACGGCUUCCAAAUAAGCGGAUGGUUUACAGAAGACUUCACAUUAGAAGAAAUAAAGUCUUUGAGAUCUAUAGAACGUAUUCCGAACAUUAGACCCGGUAAUGCACGAAUGGAUGGAAGCUUCGAUGUUCCUACAAUGCAAGAAAUUAUAGAUCUAGCCAAGAGUAUGCAAGGUAUUUACUGCCGAGAGAUUGGCAUUUACCCAGAAAUUAAACAUGGCUUUCAUUUCCAACGACUGGGCUUGGCCAUGGAACAACCUUUGGUGGACAUAUUGCACAGCAAUGGUUAUAAGACACAAGAUGAUCCAAUUUAUAUACAGUCUUUUGAAGUAAACAACCUUAAAGAAUUAAAAAAGAUGACUGACCUUAGACUCUUGCAGUUAUAUGGAAGUCCAUCGAGGCAACCUUUUGACCAGGCAGAAUCGGGGACUGGAUUGACAUACCUAGCAAUGGCUACAGCGGAAGGUCUGAGAGAAGUGGCUACCUAUGCCUAUGCUGUGGGUCCGGAUAAAUCUUACAUCAUACCUCUAACAGAGACAGGAAACCUUGGAUCGGCUACAAAUUUUGUGACCAACGCUCAUGCAGCUGGGUUAAAAGUGCAUCCUUACACGUUCCGCUCUGAGAACCAAUUUCUUCCUAUCGAGUUCAGAAGUAACGAUACAUCUGCUGCAGCUAUUGGAGACUAUGAAGGGGAGAUAAGGGCCUACCUGGAAGCUGGUAUCGAUGGCCUGUUCGCAGACCAGCCCGACCAGCCUGUACGGAUGCGUGAUAAAUGUGUUGUAGAAAACCCAGAAUGCCAGUUCAGAACAUCCUCAGCUGCUCUAACCAAAUCUAUACUCUGGUACAAUGUGUUGCUUUUAAUUACUUUAACUAUUUUAUCUUUCCACCUUUUGAGCUAGGUUAGCGUAAUAAUCCAAAGAUAUCGUAAUUAGGUAGGAAUCAGGUUUUUUCAUUGGUUUAGUAACUUCACUGUAUCUUACAUAUGUAGGUAAGUAUGAUAUUUUUACAAGUCAUAUUAAUAACAUUUAUUACAAAAGUGUUUCGAGUGACUACUGAAAAUUUACUGAAGAUGUGUAAACAUGUACCUACUUUAUUUUAAGGAACUACUGAUAAUGAUAUACUGAUAAUUAGAUAUCUACCAAGGACUAUAAGUAAAUACUAUCGAUAAAACAUAUGUCAUUUCCUUAUAUCCACAUGUCAGAUGCUUUCUUGCAGCAUGUAGUGUAUAGAUAAAAUCAUAAAUUGGAACGAACGUUACUUUAUAAGUGGAGUCGUUUUUCUAAUUUGGAUAAUUUUAAAAUUAACCUUUGCAAGCCUAAUUGUCAAGUUAAAUAGAAAGGUAAUAAUUGAGCCAAGGUCAGUUCAUCAUAAAUCAAUCGUACUGUGAAGACUGUGAGAACACGCGACUAAUCACUCCACUACUCUCAACUCACCGAUAAGUCCCUCUAAACGUCACAAAGUUAUUUAUCUUGUCUUUGUCAUAUGUACACUCUUGUAGACAAUAAAUACAACAGAAUUUUGUCAAGUUCCCCUUGUAUAGGUAAGGAAUAUGUAUCUCAUCGCUUCAUAUUUAAUUAAAUUAGAAGAUUACUCAAAAUAAAUGUUAAAAACAAUGUAAUUGAAAAUAAACUAACAACUUGAGUAUUAAAAACUCCAGUCCACUAUCUUGUACUGAUAGUUCACUUUGAGAAACUCGAGAAGAAACAAUGGACAGAGCCAACUUCGUCAGAUGUAAGUUAUAUAGGUACUUUCUAAUUUAAAUAAACAAAAUUGCUAGUUGAACUUGAAGUAAGUAAGUUAGUCGAAUAAAACAAGAUUACUGUUCUAUGACCUAAAAUUAAUUGAUGUAGAACUAUAUAACCGUAACUUAUUAUUUUUAGCUUAAUUAUCAAGCUACCGAAUUAAUUAUUCUACUAACUUUGUUUGAGGAAUAACAGUUAUAAGUACUAUUACCGUAAAUGUUAGUCUUAAUUUCAUUUUUUUUUUCAUUACUAUAGUAAUGUUACAAGGUUUAUGCUUACUUUACUCUCUCUGGUUUAUGCCAUAUUGUUGUGUACGUUUCAAAAAUCCGAAUUUUGUGUGCACUUGUACAUGGUGGUACAAUCACAAGUUAUCAUAUUAGUGGUUCGUGUCAUUGAGAGAUUUAUCACUUUUGCUCUGUGUCUUUAUAUAAUGUAUCGCGUUUUACGUUAAAGAAUACUUCAAAGUAUUAAGUUAUUUUUAAUGUGAUAUAAUUUAAGAAGAACUUAUUAUAAUGCAAAUUUGAGAUGUUUUCGUGAUUUAACAUUGUAAGUGCUUAUUAAUAUACAUACAAUGAAGGCUCAAUUAAUAUGGAUAGCAUUGCUCAGCCUGGCGACAACACGAGCAACUCCUGCAGUUUUAACCAAAGAAAUCAAUACUAUAGAAGAUGAUUCCGAAUGCAAGCCUUUAGUAAUAGCUCAUCGUGGCGCCAGUGGAUAUGUUCCCGAGCACACUCUCGGCUCCUAUUCCUUAGCCAUCGCCAUGGGCGCUGAUUAUAUAGAACCUGAUCUCGUUAUGACAAAAGAUGGACAUCUAAUUUCAAGACACGACAAUGAACUAGGAUUAACAACAGACGUCUCUGAACGACCCGAAUUCGCAAGUCGCCGGCGAAACCAAACGGUCGAUGGAACAGAAUUAGAUGGAUGGUUUACAGAAGACUUCACUUUGGAGGAGAUCAAGACACUCCGCGUCGUAGAAAGAAUACCAGAUAUCAGAACAGGAAACACUAGAAUGGAUGAAUCAUUUUCUAUACUGACUUUUCAAGAAAUUAUUGAUUUAGCCAAAGGUUUUCAAAAUAGUGUGAAGAGAGUAAUCGGUGUAUACCCAGAAAUAAAACACAGUACCCACUUCCGUCGUAUCGGCUUGCCCAUGGAAACACUAGUGGUGGACACGCUGCACAGGAAUGGUUACGAAGGUCAACACGCUCCAAUCUAUAUUCAGUCGUUCGAAGUCAGCAAUUUGAAAGAACUUAAAAAAAUUACAAAUUUGAAAUUACUUCAGCUAUUUGAAAGCGACAAAUCUUUACAGCCAGCGGAUCAAAAAGAACUCGGAACUAAACUUACAUACGGUGAUAUGGCGACAGCCGACGGAUUGAAAGAAGUUGCAACAUAUGCGUAUGCAGUAGGGCCUGACAAGUCAUUUAUUAUACCUCGUACUUCUGAAAACAAAUUAGGAUCUGCCACAAGUUUUGUAGACGAUGCUCAUAAUGCGGGAUUGAAAGUGCAUCCUUACACUUUCCGUGCUGAAAAUGCUUUCUUGCCAGCUGAAUUUCAGACUGCUGAUAAAUUACCCGCUUCACUUGGCAAUUUAAAAGGAGAACUAGAAGCUUUUCUUGAAGCUGGAAUUGAUGGACUCUUCAGUGACCAACCAGAUAUACCUAUCAAUAUGCGUACAUCGUGCGUACUUAAAGCAAAUUAAUUAGGUAGCUACUUACUUAUUUACUUAAAUGCCUAACUAGAUCAAACGAAAUAACUUGUUAAAUGUAGAAUAAUUUUGUAUUAUUUUCUCUGUUUUAAGCUGUUGUAAUGGCUAAAUAUGAUCUCUUUCUUUUAUGAUCCCAUACUUUAAGAUAUUGUUUACAGGCACAAAACCAUAAAAUAUUUUUCUUAAAGCACUUACCUACUUACUAAGAACAGAACACCUAGAUAUAUUUCGUUUUAUUGUCAUCUAUUUUUAUAACAAUUCACAUAAACACUUGCUUGAGUAUUUUUCAAUUACAACGGCAACCCUAAUUCUCGUG